AUGGCCGACAAAGCCGCAUUCCAAGUCAUUGUCUUGGGACCAACGGGAGGACCCCGGGAAGACAGCGUCACCGGCAUUCUGGUCCGAUCGACCUCCACAAAAUGGUCGCCAGACUCUGUGGUAGCCGUGGAUGCGGGUACCCUUCUUGCGGGAAUCAUCCGAUUGCUGGAGCGAUACAUCCCCGAAUGCAAGGAUGAUCAGGGAUUGAUGACAAAUGGGCCCUUUCAGGGGCUUGAGCUGCCCUACCAAACUGCACAGGCCAAUGCAGCUCAUAUCUUUCGGGAAAUCAUUGGCGCUAUCCUCAUUACUCAUCCUCAUCUGGAUCAUAUCUCAGGAUUGGCCAUCAACACUCCGAUCUUGGAGGCGGGGGCUGGCCCAAAGCCGGUGGCUGCGUUGCCAUCAGUGUUAUCCGCCAUCAAGAACCACAUGUUUAACGAUAUCAUCUGGCCGAACUUGUCGGAUGAGGAUGGCGGCGCCGGUCUACUCACAUACCAACGUUUGGUAGAAGGUGGAAACCCUCGCUUCGGUCGUGGUGAAAGCAGGGGCUAUGUGAGAGCCUGUAAUGGCUUGUUGACGAAAUGCCUCAGUAUCAGCCAUGGGAAGUGUAAACAACGGUAUCAUCCCGAAAGUGGUGUGCAUCAUCGCGCUGGGAGUACUGUCUUUGCAGAACAUCAGUUGAUGAUUCCUUCAAGGGCCAUUUCUGUCGACCAGACCGAUGGCAGUUUCUAUUCCCCCGCUCGCUCACCUCGUAUAUUCCCCUCUAACCCCAAAGAAACCCCUGUGGCGACAGUUGAGAGCUCGGCAUUCUUCCUGCGCGAUCAUCAUACCGGCUACGAGAUCAUUGUGUUCGGUGAUGUCGAACCCGACUCCGUGUCUCUCGAGUCUCUCAACAAACUAGUAUGGGAGGCGGCAGCACCAAAGAUUGCUACAGGUAAAUUACGAGCCAUUUUCAUCGAGUGUUCAUACAACGACAGCGUCGACGACGCAUACCUGUAUGGCCACAUGUGUCCGCGACAUUUAGUCGCCGAACUCAGCGUGCUAGCCGCCAAAGUUGCGGAAGUGCGCGAAACGAACACGCCGGACAAAAAGCGCAAACGCGAAGCCCCAGCCAUUCCUGAAGCUCGCAGUGAACAAGUGAGCCCUCGAUCGAAACGAACCCAGAGUUACGCCGACGAGAAAACGCCGUCUGUUCCCCCUGUCGAACCUCGCUCACACCCGAGCGAGUCGUUUGAGCUGCCUCACGUACCCGCAGCUGCGCCUCCGGGCUUCGGCGAUGAUGGUGAUCAUGCAGAUGUUAUGGGCCCGGAACCCAGAGGCUGGGAUGAUACCGAGCCUCUUCCGCUGGAAGGACUGAAGGUUUACAUCAUUCAUAUCAAAGAAAACCUCACUGAUGGGCCGCCUCCCUGUGAUCAGAUUCUAAGUGAGCUGAAGGCUCGUGGCACGGCGGCGCAUCUGGGAUGUAAUUAG